AUGAUGCCAGCGGGACGCUCGGGUGGCGGGCCACCGCUCUCGGGCGGGGGUAUGAUGGCGCCCAUGUCUGGCGGCGGUGGGGCCAUGAUGGCGCCCAUGUCGGGAGGCAGCAGCAUCGGCGGCAUGCCGCCCCUGAUGCCCAACGUCGUCUCGCCCGCGGGACAUCAUCCACACCACCACCACCACCAGGCGCAGGCCGCCUAUCCGCAGCAGGCCAGCCCCAUGGGCUCCUGGGGCUUCCCGACCAACGCGGCCACCUCCCUCCAGGCCCCACUCCAGCCCGCCGUCCUUCAUCAGCCUCAUCAGCCGCACUCCCAGCACCACCAGCAGGGGAUACCAAUGCCGAUGCAGCCGCAGCCCGUGUACCAGCCCCAGCAGCAGCAGCACCCGUCGAUGCAGCCGCAGGCGCCGUUCUCGCUGGGCGGCCCGCCCGGCUCGCAGGGACCGUACGGUCACCACCUCCCGAGCCCGCUCCAGCCGACCCCCGUCGGCGGGCACCCGGCGGCGGCGGCCGGGUGGAAUGCUACGGCGGCGCAGCACCAGCAGCACCUGGCCUAUGGUGGUAGCGGUGGACUGCACUACGCGUCGCCGCCGACCUCGCACGGCAGCGGCGGCUCGCCCUCGCACUCCUCGUACUCAUCGCCGCCCUCGUCGACUUCGUCGUCGUCCACCACUUCGCCCUCGCCCUCGCCCUCGUCCACGUCGACAAUGAUGGCCAGCGGCGUCGGCUUCGGCUAUGGAGGCGGCGUCGGCGUCGGUGUCGGGAGCGCUGGCGGCGGUAACGGCUCGUUCAGGCUGGACGAGGCGCAGGAGCGGAUGCGACAGCAGCACGAGCAGAUCAGGGCCGAGGAGCGCCUCAAGCAGCAGCAGCUCCACGUCAAGAUGCUGCAGGAGGAGCAGCAGCGACAUCUGCGCGAAGAGCAGGAGCGGGAGCGGAUCGAGGCGGAGAAGCGCAAGGCCGAACGCGAGGCGCUGCGGCAGGAGGAGGAGCGCAAGCGGCUCGAGGCCCAGCGGGAGCAGGAGCGGCAGCAGGAGGCGCUGCGCGCCGAGCAGAUGCGCAUCUUCGAGGAGGUCAGGCAGGCCCAGCUUCGGCAGCAGCAUGAGCAGGAACUGCAGCACCAGCGACAGCAGCAGGAACAGUUUGAGCAACAGCAGAAGAUGAUACAAGAGCAACAGCGACAGCAGGAACAGCUGCGCCUCGAACGGAUCCGCUUCGAGGAGGAGCAGAGGCGCGAGGAGGAGGCCGCCCGGCUGCAGCAGGAGAGGGUCAAGCAAGAAGAGGAACGGAAGCGACAGGACUUGCUGCGUCAGGAGCAGCUGAGGCAGGAGCAGUUCGCCCUGGAACAAAAGAGGCGCGAGGACGCCCUGCAGGAGAAGCGAAGGCAGGAGCAGCUGCUGCUGGCCCAGCAGGAGAAGCUUCGCCGUGAGCAAGAAGAAGUGGAACAGGAGAAGCUCAGGGCCGAGCAGCGGCUCAACAGCGAGCGAAUGCAGCAGGAGAAGGAGCGGCUGGCGGAGGAGGUGCGGCAGCAGCAGGAGCGGCUGCGGCUCGCCCAAGAGGAGAUCCAGCGCGAGAAGGAGAAGAUGGCCAUCGAGCUCAUGCGCGAGCAGCAGCGGAUUCAGGAGGAGCGACAGCGGCUCCAGGCCGAGCACGAGAAGCUGCGGCAGGAGCGCAUGGAGCGCGAGCGCCUCGAGGAGGAGAGCCGCGUGCGGCACCAAGAGCGCGUGCGGCAGCACCAGGAGCAGCUGGCGCGGCAGCAGGAGGCCAUCCGCCAGCAGCAGCAGCAACAGGUGGCCCACCUGCGCCAGCAGCAGGAGCAGAUGAUGCGGAGCCAGGCCCAGGCCCAAGCUCAGCCCCAGCCCCAGCCCCAGCCCCAGGUGAGCCGAACCCAGACGGCUCCGAUUCUCUCCCGGCGGCCCACGCCCCAGGCGCCCCCCGUGCCCACGAACGCGAGCUCGUGGUCGCCAUUCGGACCGACGUCGGCGGCGGCCGAAGAGCGGCCCGGAGAGAUGAAACCCCGGCCACGCGCCUCUGUGGGGAGCGCCAUACUCUCUCGCCCGCCGCCGCACGGCAGCGGCACGGGCUCCCCGAACAAGGCCUCCACGCUGGACAGCCCGUUUGGCGGCACUUCUGCUGCCGGUGGCGGCGGCGGGGGCGGCAGGGGCGGCAGUGCCAUCCACCAGCGUCCGAUCUCGCCGCCGAACGCGGCCCAACAAGUCACGCGGCACCCGCGGAAGCCCAGGCACCCGGGCGCGCCGGCGCCGAUCGGUGCGCUCCCCGGCAGCCAGGAGCGACAGAUCCAGGCCGACGCGAUGGCGUCGUACGAGGCAUACGCGGCCGAGAUCGCGCGCAAGCACCGGGUGUCCGACCGCGCCGAGAUCAUGACCGCCGACACCAUGUUCGACUCCUCGGCGUUCGAGAACAAGCUCGACCUUUAUGAGGACCACAACGAGCAGCGGAGCGCGUAUUACGAUGACAGCAGCGAUGACGAGAACGGCUUCUACAACGGCAACAAGCGGAGCGAGACCAACCCGCCGCAGCCUCGCAGCGGCUCGAUCCUCGGUGUCCGAAGCCCACAGCAGCAGCAACCGGCGGGCCGCACGUUGAUCUCCCACAAGACCGGACCCGCCGCGACCUCGGGCAGCGCAGUGCCCCCGAAACGCGUGCCCAAGCCCAUCGUCGCCCUCCGAACGGGACCGGCCGGCGCCCCGUCGCACUGGGAGAAGGACGCCGGCGUAGUCAAGGCCAAGGACAUACCGGGGGCACGGCCCCUGCCCUGUGUCCCGGGCGACCACAACAGGCGACGCAGCACGGGUUCAGCCGAGGGCGAGGACGGUGACGACGAUGACAAUAACAACGAAAAGAAUGAAGGGAACGCGGAGAAGAAGGGCGGCCUGCGCGCCCUGGUAAAGCACCACACGGGUGCGCUCAAGCGUUCCCCUCGUGCGCCCAUCUACAACGACACCGAGCAGCAGCCGCCACCGCAGCAGCACCCGCGCAGUGCCGGCUUUUCGCAUCUCAACGCCUCCGUCGACAGCGCCCACGCCCUCAUCGAAGAACUUCAGGAGGUGACGGGCCACAAGGAGGAGGGACAGCCCCGCUCGGCGCCCCUGCCGCGAGCUGUGAGGCAGCUCCCGACGCCAUCGCACACGUCGCCACCACCGGCCACGCCUCCCCGCAGUGCCAGCAAGUCCCUCCCGCCCGUGCCGGUCAAGAACCCUCCCACCGCUGCACUGCGCACACGCGUGGCUCGCGAAAUCUAUUCGUCCGAGCUGGUCUACGUCCAGAGUCUGGGCGUCACGAUCGACGUCUUUUUGAAGCCUCUGCGAAGGGCCGCCGAGCAGAGCAAGCCGAUCAUUUUGUCAGCCGACAUCGCGUCGGUGUUCGGCAACCUGGAGGAGAUCUACGCCUACCACCUGCAGAUGGUCUCCAAGCUCGAGUCGCGCAUCACCCGGUGGAACAUCGAGACCCAGAUCGGCGACACCUUUUUGGACAUGAAACAAGACUUUAUCAUGCUGUACAGUUCAUACAUAAACCACUACGACCAGGCCCUGGAGACGAUCGGGCGAUGCAAGGACCUCAAGACGUGGCGGGCCUUCAUCCAGCGCUGCAACCAGCACCCCGAGUGCGGCGGCCUCUCGCUCGAGUCGUUCCUCAUCCUGCCCGUGCAGAGGGUCACGCGCUACGUCAUCCUCCUCCGGGACCUGCGGCAGAAGACGCCGGAGAACCACGUCGACUACCAGAACAUCAACGCCGCGCAGACGUACAUGGACAACAUCUGCUAUCAGGUCAAUGAGAACAAGCGUAGCGCCGAGAACCUGAAGAAGCAAAUGGACGUCCUUGCGUCGUUGCAAGCAAAGAUGAAGCCCAAGGACAUGGUGCGAGACCUGGUCGAUCAGAAUCGUGUGUUCGUCAAGCAGGUGGUGGUCACCCUCUAUGAUCAGGACAGCGACAAGAGACGCGAGGUGUGCUUGUUUGUGUUCAACGAUCAGCUGCUGGUGACGAAGGGCGACAUCAAGAAGGACCGCUUCCAAAUCAUCGCCAAAUUCACGCGCGACGACAUCAACUUCCGCCUCGAAAUCAUGGCUGACACUGACGACUUCAUGGGACAACAGAUAAAGAACGCCUUCGUGCUGCACACGCCACGAGUGUCCUAUCUCUUCUUCUGCAUCUCGGCCGAGGAGCGCAAUCUUCUCUUCGAGCAGAUAAGGUCCAUCUUCAGAUGA